AUGCUCUCCUCCUCCCGUGCAUUGCGCCACACCAACUCAAGCUUACGGAUAUCUAACAAGCUCUGCCAGCGCACAGGGCAUCUCCACUUAUCCCAGUGGGCCCAUUCUGCGAAUCUGCGCUAUGCAUCUACACAGGCCUCCAACAUCUCUGGCGCACUAGUCCGACAUAGCCCCAGCCUAAACCCACCUCGCGCUUCAUUCUCCAACAACGGCCGCCGCACCCUCCAAACCCAAUCUCACUCAGCACCCUCGGUCAACCAGUCCGAGAUCGACUUCUUCUCCCGCCUCUCCGCCCACUGGUGGGACGAGCACGGCGAGUUCGCCCUCCUCCACCGCAUGAACCCCGCCCGCGUCCACUUUGUCCGCGACAAGAUCCUCGAGACCGCGCGGGACGACGCCCGCGACGACACCGCCGACGCCGCGGUCGAUGCGCGCGCGCGGAGCAGGCAGGCGCUGCGGGGGAUGGACGUGCUGGAUGUCGGGUGCGGCGGGGGGCUGCUGUCCGAGAGCCUAGCCCGCCUCGGCGCGCGCACGCUCGGCAUCGACGCGUCCGAGGCCAACGUCCGCAUCGCGUCUCUCCACGCCGCCGCCGACCCCGCCCUGCGCACCUCGCUCGCGUACCGACACACCCCCGCGGAGACGCUCGCCGCCGAGGGCCGCACGUUCGACGCCGUCUGCGCGAUGGAGGUCCUCGAGCACGUCGACGACCCCGCCGGGUUCCUCGCGACGUGCGCCUCGCUCGUCAAGCCCGGCGGCCACCUCUUCCUCUCCACCAUCGCACGCACACCCCUCGCAUACCUCCUCACCAUCCUCGCCGCCGAACACGUCCUCCGCAAAGUCUCCGUCGGCACACACACCUACUCCAAAUUCGUCAACCCGUCCGAGCUCGUCCGCUUCUUCCAGAAGCCCCUCCCCGCCCCUUCCUCCCUUCCUUCCUCUGAGCUUAACGCCAGCACACCGUGGAUCUCGCAGACGCACAACAGCGGAAGCCCGACGCGCACAGAGGCCGAGGUCCGCGGGCUCGUGUACGUCCCCUGGAAGGGCGAGUGGAUUCUCGCGCCGCGCACGUGGACGGACUGGGGCGCGGCGGAGUGCAACUAUAUCUUCUGGGUUCGUCGGCCCAUGGAUUCAUGAUCGUUGCGCUGUGGUUUGUGGUUAUGUAAAAGCGUAAGGUUGCAUUAAUUAGAAUAGUGAGUCACUCGAAUAGUCGGUCUGAAGAAAGAGGUCGUAAAAAGUCGUUAAUAAAUUCGAG